AUGUCGAUGAAGGCCUACCUCGCAGAAAAUGAACCCGCCGAAGAAGAAGAAGCGCAAGGCCGCGUCCGCGGCCACCCCGGCGCGGGCUCCUCGUCCAUCAAAGACGACGACCUGACCGGCUGGGGCGACGUCCCGCGCGACGGCGAGGACGAGGACGACGCGGCGGACGCGGUUGUCGCGGCGGACCGCCGGUUCAAGAAGCGGCAGCGCACCGACGCGGACUCGGGUUGGCAGACCGUGCGCGGCGGGGAGGACGGGGAGGACCCCGCGAAGACGCCGCCGCCCGCGGAGGACGAGCAGCCGCAGGUGGUGGAGGCCGAGCAGCCGUUCAAGGGCGGGCUCCUGACGUCCGCGCAGCUCAAGAAGCGGCUGCCGAAGGCGAAGCGGGAUGAGAAGAGCAGGGAGGAGGAGGAGGCGGAGCGCGCAGCAGCUCAGGAGACGGUCUACCGUGACUCGUCGGGGCGGAAGGUGGACAUGGCGGCGGCGAAGGCGGAGGCGGCACGGCUGAAGCGGGAGAGGGAGGAGAAGGAGGCGGCGAAGAUGGAGUGGGGGAAGGGUCUCGUGCAGCGGGGUGACGAGGAAAAACGACGACAGGAGGAGCAGAGGAUGCGGGGGACGGCGUUCGCGAGAACAGUCGAUGACCGGGAACUCAACGAGCAGCAGCGGGCAGAAGAGAGGUGGAAUGAUCCCGCCGCGGCUUUCUUGAUGAAGAAGAAGUCGAAAGGUCCUCGGAAACCAGAAUACACUGGUCCACCACCUCCGCCAAACCGGUUUGGCAUAAAGCCGGGAUACCGCUGGGAUGGCGUCGAUCGCAGUAAUGGGUUCGAAAAGCGAUACUACCAAAAGCAGAACGAGCGACGGCGGAGGGGGGCCGAGAGCUACGAAUGGAGUGUGGACGACAUGUAG